AUGCUAAAGUCGUGUUGCCAUGGUUUCAUUUACGUAGACGGUAGAUGUAUAUCAGAAGAUACCGACGUAUGUGCUAACGCACCGUGUGAACAACAAUGUACUAAUAAUUUUGGAAGAGUGCUGUGUACUUGUUAUCCCGGGUUCGUUUUUGACCGCCAAAGAUAUGCAGUAUCAACGCCACCAUACUGUGUAGACUUAGUUGAGUGUAACUAUAGCAAUGGUGGUUGUUCACACCAUUGCAACAAUACGGAUGGUAGUUACUACUGCUCAUGUGAUAGUGGGUAUCGUUUAGCAGAUGACGAGAAAAGUUGUGAAAUAGAUGACAGUGUUCGCGAAUCUGCUGUAUUAAGUGAAUUUCGGGUGGAACAGCGAUGUACUCCGAGCUGUUCUGAACUACAUGAAAUGAAAAACACAGUCGUAGAAGUGUCGGAAAAGAUGAUUUUACUAGAAGCUCUUGCUGAUCAGACGAGGCUGAAGGGUGAUCAAGGCCACCCCGGCCCUAGUGGUCCUCCGGGCAGGGCGGGCAUACCAGGUGAGAGAGGACGUCCCGGUUUUCCGGGCCAAACUGGACCAAUGGGCCCCGAAGGGCCACAAGGUUCUCGAGGUAUUCCUGGUCCCCCUGGACCUCCUGAUCUGGUUUAUCUCCCGAUGCUACGUCAUUAA